CUAACGCAGUAUUAAUGGUUGCAUCACAUUUUAAGGUUACAAAACAUGCUUAUUUAUUCCACCUGAUAACACAAUUACUUAGCAAAAUGCUACUGAAAACGAUAAAAAAGAAACCUUUAUUAAAAACUGUGCUCAAUUUUUCAAAAACCUAUAGCACAACAGUUCAGGCACAAGUGACCAAAGUCAAGGGUCAGACUACAAAUUACGUAAAAACUGGACAGGGGAAUCGGAAUAUUUUGUGUUUUCCUGGGGCUUUAGGGACAAUUUGGAGCGAUUUUAAACCGCAAAUAAAUGACCUUGCUAAUGAGAAAUUCACAGUGAUUGCGUGGGACCCUCCUGGGUAUGGGUUUAGUCGCCCCCCUGAGCGAAAUUUUUGUCAAAAAUUCUACGAAAAUGAUGCUGAUACGGCUCAUGAUUUUAUGCAACACUUGGGCGUUAAGAAAUUUUCGCUGUUGGGGUGGAGCGACGGGGGGAUUUCUAGUAUGAUUCUGGCGGCGAAGUACCCCGAAUCGGUGGAAAAGCUUGUGAUAUGGGGUGCAAACUCUUAUGUAAUACCAGAGGAGAUAGAGUCUUACGAAAAAAUUCGUGAUGUUAGCAAAUGGUCGGAUAAAAUGAAAGCUCCACUUGUAAAAUUAUACACAGAGGCAGGUUUACAGAAAAUGUGGAACGACUGGUGUGACGCUGUGACAGAAAUGUAUGUAAAAAAUCAAGGAAAUAUUUGUAAAGAAAUCCUCGGUCAAAUAAAAUGCCCCACUUUGAUUUUACACGGAGAUAAAGACCCAAUGGUUGCGUCCGAGCACCCAAGCUAUUUAGAAUCACACAUCGCGGGAGCCAGGUCUGUACCACGUGACUUUAAACUUGCACCUGAUUGGCCGAUUUUCAGACUAUACCGGUUUCCAGAUGGCAAACAUAAUAUUCAUUUAAGAUAUGCCCCCGAAUUUAACAAAAUUGUCUCUGAAUUUUUACUCAAUUAGUUCAGGGUUUUAACCACAAUAAAAAUAUAGUAGGUGAAAUUUUUA